AUAAGAAGGGUAGAAACGCGCGUACACUCUGGUAGCUUUAAGUUCGCCGGUAAGGAAGCUCGGUCUAGUUGGAACUUACAAUGCGCGCGGUCGUCGAGUUGGCAUCCGGGUUUAAAGCGAGAUUUACCUCAACUUCUAGAGUUCUGAAGCGAUGGGUAUAGUACAGGACAGAGUUGAGCGAGUUUAUAAUUAGCUGUAUAGUUUAUAAUUGGGUUCAGAAGCUUAGAAGAAAUCUCAGGUGCGUGACUCACAUAAAGUCAAAAGAUCCAAGCGGAGAGUCGAAGCAAGUUGUAUGAUUAUAAAGUUGUAGAGUUGUGGAGUUAUGGAGUACGAUAUUCUUAGAACUAGUAGAACCGCGAAAUUACCGAGUUGUAUGUCGAAGAAUAGGUAACUCAAAAGACACCUCGUCGACGAAAGAAGCAACGCGAAAGAUGAAGCGUAAAUCGCGUUGGUGAAAUCUGUUUCGCGGAUUCGUGGAUUGUGUCCUGUUGCUUGUGUCCUAUUCCUGUAUAAAACGAAUUUUGGAGUAAUCUCUCGACGAACUGGUUAAUCUUCUCGGAAAUUGUGUGUCGCAGCAGCGAUAUGUACCGCUCCUCUCGACUUGCUUCCGUUAUUACUUGUUGCGUCAGGAGAAAUCGAUGCGGUUCGUCGAUUGUCGUACGCAGAAAAAAAGAUUGGUUAAAUUAAUUGGUCGAAUUAACGUAGCUAUGAUGCAACCAAGACAAACAUACCAGUCCCCGUGGACAUUCAUAUUAUUUUGAUUUUUAAAUACGAAUAUUUAAGCGAAUUUUAAUACGAAUAUUUGAUUUUUAAAUACGAAUAUUUUAAUAGAGUAUAUUUAUAUAUUCAAUAUACGUAUAUAUAUAUUCUAUAUUGAAAAUUCAUAUAUUCAUAUUUAAAUAAUAAGGAUAUUUAGAGUUAGGUAUCAAUGUUAUUAGAAGUGUCCAGGCUUUGGCAUUUUCACCUUAAAUACAUUUUGGAAAGAAAACGUAGUUUUUGGAUUUUAAAAAUUGAAAUUAGUUUAUUUCGUUAGAAAUUCCCUCCCUCCCUCAAAACAUAUUUAAUCGUAUCAUUGUCACGUUAAUUCUAGCAAUCUUUCUUCUCCGUGCGAUAUUGUCGUUAUAACGUUUUUGCGCUUCAAUCGCGCCACUGACUCGCGCACAUUCCUAUAAAUCAGUUACUGCAUCAGUAAAUUAGUUGAUACACUCGCGUCACGCAUCUUCAAGCGCUCGUCUCUGUUUGUAAACCAAGAACAGAUCCGAUCCGAGCCACUGGAGAUUUAGCACGCGUCGCCUUCGUGAAUAUUCCUUUAUCUUCUUCAUCUUCGCGAACUCGUUAACACGUGAUUAUCGAUCCGCGACAGUAUCUGAUCGAUGUGAUGGACCCAGAACACCGAAAUAUCUCGGCAGAAAUCUGCUACAGAGUGGACGGAAACUUCCGACUCGCAGUACGCAGUCGUAGAGCAACGUGGCGCGUUAGUGGCACGCGACCGCAUCGUAAUCCGUGGCUUGCGAAUCUAAUCCGCUUUUGGGGCCACUUGAGACGCGAUGAUAAUGCACAGGAGCUGUCCGGACGAGCGGUAUCGACCACGCGAAACAACACGAUACCUUUCGACGACAGGAACGGCCGUUACACAGCGCUGAAUCACGGGUCGAAGGUGAGCGAGGACGGGGUCGAGUACGUGGAGAUGGAGAAGAGAUCCAGGGAUCGUGCUUUAUCAAUCUGUCGGGAUUACAUCGAGAAAACGCCGCGUUUUGCCCUCAUCAAGCAGCUCAAUAACAUCGGAUCAAGGGUAGACAAGUACUGGUUCAUGGUGAGGGACACUUCGCUGAAGACCGACAGGCUGCUGACUCUGGUGCCAUUGAAUAGGAACUGCCCGCUGAGCGUCUGUCCGUCCACCAAGGAUAUCUUGAACAAUUUGUUUUUAGCCUUGCAACAUCCCUACAUCUGCCCCGUGUUCACUGUCGAUUUUGUCGAAUAUGAGGAUCAAACGUACAUAGUUUUGGUGCAGCCGAUCAACCAAGGUAGCCUCAAGGAUCUAAUAUACAGCAUCGAGCGGAAUUGCUGGAACGAGGACUGGAGUCACAAGUACACGUCGCGAGGUAAAGGACUGACCUUACCGCAGGUGCAACGAAUGGGACGUCAGAUAUUGGAAGCGCUGAUCUUUCUGAAGGAGCGCGGAUUCCCCACGGUGACGCACUUGCAUUCGGGUAACGUGGUGAUCCAGAACGGCGUGGCGAGGUUGGCCGGCCUGGAGAACACUCUCCUGGGGUUCACAAGUCGCAUACAUCCAAUCGUCACGUCCCGAUUAACGCAGUCUAGCUCGAUCGAUAUCAUAUGUUUCGGUCAUAUGCUGUUCGAGAUGUGCGCCGGCUACGAGUUGUGUACCUUCAGACCGUCUGCCGCCCAGUUAUCAGACAUUGAGAUGUAUCCGCAGGUAGUGAGAUUUCUGGAGCUGAUAUUCGCGGAAUCGGACAGUCACUUCACUAGCAUAGAGGAGCUGCUUAUCCACGAUCUCUUCAGGAACAUCGACCUCCGCGAAAUGCGAUGUGCGGCUGUAACGGUGUUUCGUCCGACCCUGACGCCCUCCAUAAUGAAUCUGCUUGACGGCAUUAAACGGCAAGACGCUGGGAAAAGAGUUGCGAGUGUCAACAGCGCGGACAUGACGUCACUGAGAAGUCUCGAGUACGACGAUUCUCUACUCACGCAGAUAUACAACGAGCUUUCACAAACAGCUUUAUAAUGUGGGAACAAAGUUCUAUAUAUGUGUAUACAUAUAUAAAUAUAUAUAUACACAUAUAUAUAAUAUAUAUAUUAUACAUUAUACGUGUACACUAUAUAUUUUAUCUUGAAUAAGAAUGCACGUUCCUAUUAUACCUUGCCAUGCGAUGUGCCAAGGAAUAAACGAUUAUCCCAUCGCUGAUUUUAUCGUGUGCAAAAGCGCGCUUGUGUACGACAAAUUUGUACAGUAUGACAAUGUGAGUAAAUUUCGUGCGCUCUCCUUGCGUUUAACGCAAGGAUCCGACGAUCGCGCGAAUUGUUUGUCUCGAAAUAAUUCUCCCUGAUAGUUCUGUAGCAAAUAAAUGGGAACUCGUCUUGGUGUCGCGAGAAACCGUCUCGGCAAUGAAUUAACAGCAAUAAAGUUGGAAAAAGCGCAAGUCA